AUGAGAACCCUCCUGUUUACUGAGAAAGUCACUUACGAAGAUGGAACUACAGGACCAAUUGAUAUUUCAAAAUGCAGAUUAGAUUUAAAAGAAAUUUGUUUUGCAAAGGCUAGAAAAUGUGAUGAACUUAGCUUCAAAGAUAACCCGUAUGCUGAAGGUGGUGAAAGAUUCGAUUGGGAUCACAACACCGGUAACCCAAAAACUAGACAAAAUCUUUCAAGAAAUACUUCGUUUAACUCAAACCAGAGCACUUCGACUCAAAGAAAUUACAAUAAUAACAAUAAUUUAAAUUCAAAUCAAAUUAAUUCUCAAUUUAAUAACUCAUCUUCAAACUAUCAAAAACCGCAGAAUGAUGGUAAGAAGAGAAAAGGUUAUUUAGGUGGAAAUUUCGAUCCUAAUUAUGUUAGGAAAGGAAAACAACCAGAAACUUCGAACAAUACGAACAAAUCUUUGACCGGGAGUUUCUCCUUUAGAAUUGUUCAUUCCAUCCCUCUUAUUGUUUCUUGA